GCACGCACAGGAGUCCGGGGCAGGAGACAGCGAGAAGAAAAAAAACCCCAAGCUGCUUCUGGUUUUUCUUUCAAACGCAUUCCCGCUGCAUCAGGCACCCCCGGCAUAUAAAAACCUGCGUUGCGUGUGUGCUCACACACACUCUCACACUGAGGAAGAACACAACUGCUUCUUUUCCUGUGGCACCUGGCACACUUGCUCGCAGAAGGUGGACGAGAGUAGGAAGGAGGUGUGCUUGAAGAUCACCUGGGAGCAGGUGGAGGAAAACCUGUCACGGCUACUGUCUGACUCCCAUGAGGGGAACUUGACCUGAUGUCAAACGAGGAGUGCCGUUCGCCCAUCGGCCUGGACUGCUGCAGCUGCUGUCUGGAUCUGGCCAAUGGCUGCGAGCCUGAGCCGGGCCGAGAGGGUCACACCAGCCUGGGGAGCCCUACGUCCGUCAACCACUUCAGACAGCUCCGAGACCAGCUUCACUUUCAGAACCUAAACACAGAUAAGAUCAACAACAUCAUGAGACAGGACUCGCUGGAGUCGGUGGUCCGGGACCCCUGUUACCUGCUCAACGAGGGCAUCUGCAACAGCAACAUUGACCAAACAAUGCUGUCCAUACUGCUGUUCUUCCACAGUGCCUCUGGCGCAAGCGUUGUGGCAAUUGACAACAAGAUCGAACAGGCAAUGGAUCUUGUGAAGAAUCACUUAAUGUAUGCAGUCAGGGAGGAAGUUGAGAUCUUGAAAGAGCAGAUCAAGGAACUUGCAGAAAAGAACAACCAGUUGGAGCGUGAGAACAGCCUGCUGAAGAACCUGGCGAGCCCGGAGCAGCUGGUGAAGUUUCAGUCACGUCUGCCCUCAGACUCCAGCCUCCCCCUGGACCCUCAGGAGAUGGGGUCACCUGAGGACGGCGAGCACCUGUACAAAUGCACGGGAUCUGCUGUAUAAGUGGCUCUGCCAUGGGGCGGGCAGAGCCACAGCUCUCACCAGAAAUUGACCUCCAGAUAUGCAACUUCAAGAUGAAGCUGGCUGUACAGUUGAAAACCUGACCUGAAAUGAAAGCGACUUACGAGUGGCCUAGUUCAGUAAUAUCUGACAAUCUCUUCGGACUAACGUGUGAAAGAGAGAGUGAUGUAGACAUCCGACCGAGGUUACUGUACAACGGGACUGAUGUUCCCCUUGCUAGGGAAGGGGACCAGCCUUGCUUUCCCUUGGUCCCUCUCACAAAGAGACUGAGAGAGAUUUGCCUCAUGGAGCUGGCCGAGAGUGCAUCUUCGGCCUAUCCAAGUCAAGCCAAGGAAAUGUACGUCCCUAUAAGAUGCCCCCACAGCCCCACCUGAUGCAAGCUAUACAGGACUCGUGUUCACUGUUGCCUAGUACUGUGGGCUUUUCUUGGCCCCUGUAGUUAAGGAUGUUCUAGACGGACCCGUACGGAGCAGUGGUCCACAGCGGUGACUCCAGCCAUUUGAUUUGUAUAGCAUCGCUUGUAUCUCUGCAGAUGGGGCCUGCUGCUUAUGGGAAUUAUUGCUUGUUUGUGUUUUGAAAUGGAACAGAAAUCAACUUGUUUGAAUGGGCUACGUGUAAAAGUGUUUUUAUUUUUUUAUUUUUUUUAUUGUGGGAAUGAAAAAUCUGUAUACAUUUGCAUAGUUCUGUAAAUUAACAACUGAUGUAAAGCAAAAUGUCCUGAAACGGACGGAGGUGAGGGGUGGAUAUUGUUACUGCGGAUGUUCUGCUGACAUGUCGAACAUUUGUUCUGUUGACCUUCUAUGCCAACCAACUAACAGGCACGACGGUGUCUGAAAAGGGCCACAUGUUUUCAGAUUAACUGUGUUUUCUAACUACCAAAGACUGGCCUAAUACUUACAAGCCAACAGGACCAUGUGAAACUUUUCACAGGGAAAAGUUUUUUUUUGACCGCAGUCUUUUUGAAACAUGGGUAUUGUUGCUUUAUUGUGUCCAUGGUAUUUUUGAACAAUUUAUGGAUGCAAAAUGCACACUGCAAUAAACCUUAUGUUUACACUAAA